CACAUGCUUACAUAGAAUAUAUAGGAAGAGCUGCGCGAUUUACCCAGAUUCAAAGACGACCAGCCUUACUCUCGCAGUGUAAGAGAACACCUAAUUCCGCGCAUUCAACACCCGGUGUCGGACACUUCACCCACCAAGUACGCAUGAUGGCCGCACCACCCAAUACCAAAGAUAUCCCAGCCCACAUGGCGCUCAACAGCGCAAACUACCUCGACGCCUGGUCCUCGCUCUGGGACACCGGCGACGACCUGCCCUGGGACCGGGGUUUCCCCAACCCCGCCUUGGCCGACGCUCUCAUCCAGCACCAAGCCACCAUCGGCAAGGCCAUGAUCCCGAACGAGCACGGCCAGCCAUACAGACGCAAAGCCCUCGUUCCCGGCUGCGGCAGAGGCGUCGACGUCCUCCUCCUCGCCAGCUUCGGCUUCGACGCCUACGGUCUGGAGUGCAGUGCCUCGGCCAUCGAAGCCUGCAAGCGAGAAGCCGCCACCCACCAGGACUCAUAUCCAGUCCGCGACGCGACCAUCGGAAAAGGGACAGUCACGUUUGUGCAGGGGGACUUCUUCGAUGAUUCGUGGUUGCAGGAGAUUGGGGUGCCGCGGAACGGUUUUGAUGUGAUUUACGACUAUGCGUUCUACUGUGCUCUCAAUCCGUCAAUGCGCCCUCAAUGGGCCUUGCGGCAUACCCAGCUCCUGGCCCCCUCGCCGGCAGGGAACCUGAUUUGCCUUGAGUUUCCACGCAGCAAGGACCCUAAGGCGCCGGGGCCGCCUUUUUCCUCUGCGUCGGAGACGUAUCUCGCGCAUUUGGGUCAUCCGGGGGAGGAAGUGGCCUACGAUGACCGUGGCGUCGUCGAGCAAGAUUUCCUGCAGCGUGCGCCGAGCUCUGCUGCUUUAGAGAGGGUGGUGCAUUGGCAGCCCGAGCGAACGCAUAAGCAUGGUUACAACGCAGCCGGAGAGGUCGAGGAUCGAGUUUCUAUCUGGCGUCGACGGGCCUAGAAAUAUGUGUGAU